UGAAAUUCUAGGUUAAGUCAGAUGUAGCAAAAAUGGCUAGUUUUCGAUCAAUAUGUAUUAUAUCCGUAUUUAUUAUAUUAAAUAUAUAUUUAACAUCAGCUCUAUAUGAAGAUCAAGUAGGAAAGUUUGACUGGAAAAGAUCAUUUAUAGGAAAAGUUAAAUAUGCUAAUUUUGAUUCCAAAAGGUUAAUUGUUGCCACUGAAGAAAAUGUUUUGGCUAGUUUAAAUGUAAAGAAUGGACAAAUUUUGUGGAGACAGUUUUUGGAAAACCCUAAAGUUCAACAAAUUGAAGCAAUACAUGUAGAUGCAGAAAUAAUUACAGUGUCUGGUGCUGCAAAUAACUGGUUUGUGCGCAGUUGGGACUUAAACACGGGAACAUUAUUGUCAGAAUGGACUUUGAAUAAUGAAAGAAUAGUUCCAAACAAAUUUAUAAUUUAUAAAGACACACUUAUUCAUGUAGUUCUGUUUGCGGGCUCUCACUUAGAAGCAACAAAUUAUAAUUUACGAAAUGGAGAAAAUGAAGCAAAAGUUACUAAAAUAUCGGCUCCCUGGAUUACGAGUAUUUCAAAUUGUUUAGUCACUCAAAAUUAUUUUGCUUGUAUAUCUAGUAACGAUAAUCUAGGUCAAUUGUAUUAUGUUGAUUUAACAUUAGAAAAUAGUAAAGUCUAUACAAGAUCGAUACAGAGCUUGAUAGGCGAUGGACCUGGAACAGUACAAAUAGUAGACUUUGGAGGAGGAAUACCAGCGUUUCUAUUAUUGAGAAAUAAUGUAGCCAUUUUGGUUCAUGUUGAUGGUGAAAAAGUUGAGGUUAAACCAUUUAAUUUAAUGCCAAAUGCUGUAGGUGUACUAAAUAAUGGCAGAUAUUUUAUAUACCAACUUGAAGCUACAGAAAAUCCUGAAAAAUUGAUUAGAGUAAAAUCUAAAGAUUUUCUUAAUGGUCUUGACGAAUUUUCUGUAGAUUUGGAUUAUCCACUUGGUUUAGGAGCCCCAGUUAUCUUAGCAAGUCAAUGCAAAGGGUCUGUUUGUGAUUUACUAUUAACUACAACAGACGAUGCUCUUUUAUUAGUUAGAUUACCUGAAGGAAAAAUUCUUUGGACAAGAGAAGAAGCACUGAGUAAUAUAGUUGCAACAGAAUUUUUUGAAUUGCCUGUAUCUGAGUUAGACGUGUCUAUAGAAAAUGAAUUCAAAACAUCCUCAAACAGUAUCCUUAACAUGCUCGUACAUAGACUUUCUACCCAAGUUAAACAACUUACAAAUUUAAUUUUUGGCGGGCAACUUUUAACGAAUCAUGGUUUAGUGAGAGAUGAAUUUGGUUUGCAUAAAAUAAUAGUCGUAGCUACAAAAGUAGGGAAGUUGUUUGCUAUUGACACUUUAACAGGCUCGAUAGCUUGGAGUUACAGAUUGCCUAAUAUUAAACCUUUUAAUUCCUUAAAUUCAGAGGAAAUGCUGUUAUUAGUUCAAAGAACUGCACGAUAUGCACCUUUGCCUGCACAAUGUGUACUUCUAGCCCAAGAUGCAGUUACCAAAAAAGGAGUUAUGUUCCAGUUUGAUCCAAUUACAGGAAUUUCUAAUAAUGGAAUCCACAGAUUAGAUUACAAAAUUUCACAAACUAUGUUAGUACCACAUGAAGAUGAGAAUAAUCUUAAAUCUGUUAUAGUACUGUCCACGGACAACAAGGUGUUUAUUUAUCCUGACACUUCCCGACAGUUAGCAUACCAGCAUCGUAAUAAUUUGUUCAUGUAUGUUGUUAACUCGAAUAAUGGAAUAUUAGCAGGUUACAAUUUUCGCCACAGCACUGAAGAUGUCUUGAAGGUAACACCAAUAUGGAACAUUAAUGUUACUCCUUCCAAGUUAGUGGCAGUGAAAGCGAAACAUUCGAAUGAGAGGGUACACUCCCAGGGCCGAGUACUUCCUGAUCGAUCUGUUUAUUAUAAAUAUGUAAAUCCAAAUCUAAUAGCUGUUGCAAGUAUAAGUGAAGACCCAAUUCAUAAACAUGUUUUAAAUGUUUAUUUGGUAGAUGGUGUUACUGGUUUCGUGCUAUAUUCCACUUCACACAAGAGAGCAAAAGAACCUAUUCAUCUCGUACACUCUGAGAAUUGGUUGGUGUACUCCUACUUUAGUGAAAGGUUCCGAAGAACCGAGGUAGUUUCUGUUGAACUGUAUGAGGGUAUAGUUCAAAGCAAUAGUUCUGUGUUUAGUUCACAUGCGAUAAGUUCCUUACCGCAUGCGCUCUCUCAGUCAUAUAUUUUACCUGCGAACCCAUUAAAGAUGGCUGUGACAUUAACAGAAAGAGGUAUAACUAAUAAGUUUCUACUCAUAGCAUUAAGCAAUGGCGGAGUCAUUGAAAUACCUUGGUUGUUGCUUCAACCGAGGUUUGAUGAUGUACCUUGUGGACCUGAAGAAAGUUGCAUUCCAUACAUGCCAGAAAUACCUCUCCCUUCGGAAGCUGUUAUAAAUUAUAACCAAACGUUAGGAAAUAUACGAGGUAUUGAAAUCGCCCCCGCACGGCUUGAGAGUACUAGUCAUGUUUUAAUCCACGGAUUAGAUUUAUUUUAUACAAAAGUAGCGCCAUCCAAAACAUUCGAUGUACUCAAAGAGGAUUUUGAUCAUUUAAUGAUUGUGUUAGUUUUAGCUGGACUUAUAUUAGCAUCUUAUAUAACUAAACACCUUGCUUCAAGAAAAGCACUUAAACAAAUUUGGAAAUAGGGGUUGUAACAUCUAGGUAAUUAUUGUUAUGUUUGUAAAUUAGGAUUCUAAAUAAUUCCAAGCUACAGAAACUACUAAUACUUUUUUAAUUUGUAGAUUUAAGAGAUGUGAUGGGGUUAAUAGGUUGUGUAGCUUGCCUUUUUAUUGUUUCAUGUAGUAUUGCCAUUUUAUCUGUAAAAAUUACACCUAUGAUAAUUUAAAUUUGAUACAAAUGUAUUUAUUACCUUCAAUUUUGUAUAAUAUAAAUUAACGCUGACUGAUUCAGAGAAAUGCCCUUUUGUAUAUUGUAAGUUGUUAAGAAUUAAUGUUCAGAAUGUACAAAUAAAAGGUAAAUCAAA